GUAGUGAGAACUUAUAGAGUAAGAUGUCGUUUGAGGAUACAUUAAGUGUUGGUAGGGAUGAAGCGGUAGAGUUGAGCUCGAGCGAGAGUAGUAGUGGAGAGACUAGUAGUGGGGCAAGUGAGAGGGUUGGAGGUGAAAUAGAAGAGGUUGGAGUUCCUUCUAAUAUUUUGGAAGUGGAUAAUGGUAGGGCCAAGUAUUACAAUGAGGAGGAAGAGGUGGUUUCAGAGGUGGUGGGGUAUGAGACUUCAUGGAAAAGUAGAGGUGAGCUCGCACAUUUAGUGGAGCAGUAUUCCAUCCCAGGGCACAUCUUAUUUAGGCUAGUUGGGGAGAUGGAAUGAGUGUGCUCAGCUCCAAGAGACCACUGGAUGCCAAUAUAUGGGCAUUACUUGA